AUGCCUCGUCGCAGCGCAGCCGCGUACCGUGCCCUCUUCGUCGCCGCCCGUGCUCCGGCAGUUGCACCAGCUCCAGUAGCUGCACCUGCACCAGUACCAGCACCCGUACCUGAGCCCGAGGUCGUCGCCUCUGGUGGCAGCGAGGAGGAGGAGCCUAUGGACACGGGGUCCCCUACGCCUACACCUUCAGCUCCUACACCAGUGGCGGUACCGAUUCCGCAGGCUGCCGCUCCAGUUCCACCUGCGCCUGCACCACCUGCACCUGCACCACCUUCGCCUGCACCCCACGCGUCGACGGGUUCAGCACCGACGCCUCAGUACCCUUAG